AUGGCUGGCCAAGACAAAAAAAAGUCAAAGAAUACCGGCGCAAAAGCCGACGCCGGUCCAGUGAUUACCGAUCCUCGAUUUGCCAGUAUCCAAACAGAUCCUCGGUAUCGCCUGCCGAGCAAGCGCCAGACGCAUGUUAAACUCGACAAGCGGUUUGCGCACAUGAUGCGCGACAAGGACUUCUCCAGCAACGCCGCAGUGGACCGGUACGGACGGAAAUUGGCAAAGGAUGAUACCAAGAAGCAGCUUGAGAAAUUUUAUCGUCUUGACGAGGACGAAGAAGAUGAUGAAGAUGAGGCGAAAUUUCUCAGCGCAGACGAUGACGACGAAGUCCAGAAGGAGCUGAAACGGGUCGAGAGCAGACCAUAUGACCCUGCUCGCGACGGUGGAUUUUCCUCGUCUUCUUCUUCGGAGGAUAGUUCUAGUGAAGAUGAGGACGAGGAAGACGAGGAAGCUAUCGACGAGGGGGCCGAACUUGAGUUCCCCGAUAAACAGCAGGCGAAUGUCCCACUGGGUGAUGUCACAGAGCGGAUAGCUGUUGUCAACCUCGAUUGGGAUAAUAUCCGAGCUGAGGACUUGAUGGCGGUGUUUUCAAGCUUUGUGCCUGCCGGAGGACGUGUGUCAAGGGUCGAUGUGUACCCCAGCGAGUUUGGAAAGGAACGAAUGGAGAAGGAAGAAACCGAGGGCCCGCCGAAAGAGAUCUUCGCCUCCAACAACCAAGAGGACGCCGACGAAGAUGAAGACGAAGAACUUGACUCGGAUGAGGAGGAAGAACAAAUUAAAAAGGCUAUGUUGAAGAGUGACUCGGGCGAGGAGUUCAAUUCUACGGAGCUCCGGCGUUACCAGCUCGAACGGUUGCGCUACUUCUACGCCAUUCUCACGUUCUCGUCCAAGGAUGUUGCCAAACACGUCUACGAUCUGGUGGAUGGCGCAGAGUAUUUGUCCAGUGCCAACUUCUUCGACCUCCGUUUCGUGCCUGAGGACACUGACUUCUCGGAUGACAAGCCUCGGGACCGGUGCUCCCGUAUCCCCGAUGGAUACAAGCCCAACGAGUUUGUGACCGAUGCGCUGCAGCACAGCAAGGUCAAAUUGACGUGGGAUGCAGACGACAAGUCCCGGAAGGAAGCUCAAGCGCGUGCGUUCCGAGGUUCGCGGCAAGAAAUUGACGAAAACGACCUCAAAGCCUACCUUGGCAGCGACAGCUCCGAAGAUGAAGACGAAGACGAGGAAGGUGGAGUGGAAGUGGUGGAUAAUACUACGGAGGGAGAUUCCAGCACCAAGCUAUCUAAACGGGAGGCGGAGCGACAACGCAUGCGCGCGUUACUGGGGCUGAGUACGGAGCCUACUCGCUCCUCCAAGUCGAAGGCUCCCGUUGGAGAGAUGGAAGUCACUUUUACUUCGGGGCUUGCUGGAGGUGUUCGGGACGACGGCAUCUUUGAGAACGAACCUGAAAUCGAAGAGAGCACGGUGGACAAAUACGUGCGGAAGGAGCGCGAGCGCAAGAAGCGGAGAAAGGAAAAGCUCAAGGCCGUUAAACGCGGUGAGGAUCCCACGGAGACGGAAGCUGUAGCCGACAAGGACACCCCUGUCACGACCGACGCACCAGAAGCGCACGAGGAAGACCUAGGCUUUAAUGAUCCAUUCUUCGAUGAUCCCGACAGCAAGGCAUCCUCGGCUGCUCGUCGCAAGGAAGAGAAGCGCAAGAAGCGUGCCGAGCGGGCUGCCGAGGAGGCCGCAUCCGCUGCCCAACGGGCCGAGCUGGAGCUGCUCAUGGUGGACGACAAAAAGGCCGAGAUGAAACAUUUCGAUAUGAACGAAAUCGAAAAGGCCGAGAAGCAGGCACGGCGGAAGAAGGGCAAAUCCAAGGGCAAAAGCAAGGAGGUCGCUGCUGCUGCGGACGACUUCAACGUGGAUGUCAGCGAUCCCCGGUUUUCGCGCCUGUUCGAGAGUCACGAGUUCGCCAUCGAUCCCACCAAUCCCCGGUUUAAGGCGACAUCCGGCAUGAAGGCCCUGCUGGAGGAGAGUCGGAAGCGGCGGCGGACCGGGGAUGACGGGGAUGCCGAGGUAGUUGAAAGCAGUGGCAAGACCAAGAAACACAAAGCCAAAAAGGGAGGCGAGACAGAGGAUUUGAAGCGACUGGUGGAUAAGGUCAAGCGGCAGGCUAAGGCAUAG